GAUACUAUAUACAUAGAUGCAUUCGCUUUGAGCGUCAGUUUACCUUUGUUCCACAUUUAAAGAGCGGCGAAGACGGAUUGACGCUUUAAAGCGCAUAAGCGUUCCAAAGCGAACGCAUUCUGCAACAGAUGACUUACUGACUCGCUGUCAGCAGCUGUCAGUGAAUACGACAAGUUCAACUCUCAUCUAGGUCGGCAUUGUUGUGUGGUGUUACGGAUGUAUUGGAGAGAGUGGAAGAAACACGCAGUUUUAAUGUCCAGAACGGUAGUGAGUCAUCGCGUGGAAGUGUGAGAUAUCACAGAGCAGGGAACACGCUUCGCGAGAACAACGGCGACUACGAUAGGCAUCAUGGAAAUACUAGAUCCAAGUGUCUCCAGAGAUGAUCAACCUCUCUGUAUCAACGAUUCCUUGGAACGAGUUAAUACAUCCCAGACUCCAGUGGAUACAAGAUCAUGCGUAAAAGCACGUUAUACAUUGGGUUUUCUCGGUUUUCUUGGCUUUGCUCUUGUGUACGCUAUGAGAGUCAAUUUAUCAGUUGCUAUUGUCUCCAUGGUUAAUCAAACAGCAAUACCACAUACUGAAGACAAUGAUACUAGUGAUGUUUGUCCUAAAACUACGCCCGUAAAUGGAACUUUUAUACCGAGUGCGGGAGAAUUUGUUUGGGAUGAGAAGACUCAGGGUAUUAUAUUAGGUGCUUUUUUUCUUGGCUAUGUAACCACAAAUGUCCCUGGUGGUAGAAUGGCUGAAAAAAUGGGUGGAAAAUUAAUUUAUGGUCUGGGAGUGUUUCUGACUGCAGUUCUGACGGUGAUAAGUCCUUUUGCUGCUUAUUGGGGCUUGAUACCAUUCCUAGUUGUACGAGUUGCAGAGGGAUUUACCGAGGGAGUAACUUUUCCUGCGAUGCAUAGUAUGUUAGCGCAUUGGGUACCUCCCUUAGAGAGAAGUAAAUUUGCUGCUCUAGUAUACGCAGGUUCUAAUUUCGGGACUGUCAUCUCACUACCGGUUAGCGGUUGGCUAUGUUCUUUGGAGUUAUGGGGUGGUUGGCCGCUUGCAUUUUAUUUGUUCGGAAGUCUUGGUAUUGUAUGGUAUGCAUUCUGGUUGAUAUUUAUAUACGAUACUCCUGCAAAACAUGCAAGAAUCGAUCCUUCUGAAAAAGCGUAUAUCGAAGCUAGUGUUGAGAAAAAAGACGAGAAUGAUGAUCCGGAUGUACCUUGGCUGUCCGUCUUCACAUCUCUACCCAUAUGGGCAAUCACUAUUACACAAUGCGGACAAUCCUGGGCCUUCUAUACUCUUCUGACUGAACUGCCAACGUACAUGGACAAAAUAUUACAUCUGAACGUACAACAGAAUGCAUUUCUCUCGGCGUUGCCUUAUCUGAGCGCCUGGUUAGUGGGGCUUUGUAUCUCGAGCUUCGCGGACGCGCUUCUCGCUCGUCGUCUUAUUUCACCCUUAGCCUCCUUCAAACUUUGGAACACAGUAGCUUCAUUGGGGCCCAGUCUUAGUUUCCUCGGCGCUAUCUGGGCGGAAUGCGAUCGCAUGACCGUGAUGUUGAUGCUUGCUGGACUAGGCUCUCUUCAGGGUGCGGUAUAUGCCGGGAAUCAGAUGAAUCAUAUUGCGCUGGCGCCACGAUUUGCGGGUACUUUGUACGGAUUGACGAAUGCCGCGUCGAAUGCGUGCGGUUUCUUGGCACCAUUCGUUAUUGGCAGAAUAGUACAAGGACACGAAACUUUGGCACGUUGGCACACAGUUUUCUGGAUGGCAGCGGGAAUAAACAUAGCUACCAAUUGCUUUUACCUGAUGUUUGCAUCAGCUACUGAGCAACCAUGGAGCAAAGGUAGCAGUUGAUGACAAUGUCACAUUAGAGGUGUGAUAUUAAACGUGGAAAAUAAUAUAUUCUUUAACCGUGUUGCACACAGUACGUUUUAAUUCAGUUGAACUUUAUAUUUUGGUAAACAACAGACAUAGUGCUAAUCGUUUCUAAGAUAAUUCAAAUAUUCCGAAAACACUUUUUUUUUCUAAAUUAUUUAUCUAGUCUAAUUAUUUUUCAUUUUUUCCGUACAAUGACAAAUGAAUUAAAUGUAAAGACAAAUGGAUCUGGUAUUAUCAAUUUGUGAUACGUGAUACAUAAAAGCGCGAUACAUAAGCGGUGCUGUAUGGGUUCUGUUUUGGACGAUUGGAAUUGAUUAAUAUACACUGUUUUAUUUUCGUUUUAUCUUACAAAAUUUCAACGAUCCAGCUACACACUACAUCUGUGAUGUGUGAAAACCAAUUUGCAAUCCGAGACAAAUUUAGAUAUUGAUAAACAGCAGAGUGUUCCAUAUAACAUCAAAAGAUAAAAGAAUAUAAAACUAAAAUAUAUACAUAUAAAAUAUUACUAAUUAUGGAACACAUCUGAUGUAAAAUUGCAUUUACUUUUGUAUAUACAUUUAUAUAAAAUGUUCUAUUUAUUGCGAACAUUUGAACACACAUACUAAUACAAACAGCAGACCACAAUUGUAAUAUUUAAUGUAUCUCUUAUUUAAAAGUUGCUAAUUUUAUUUUAUUUUAUAUGUAAAAUUAUAUAAAUGAUUGUAAUAGAGAAAAACAAGUAUUUGGAAAUAUAAUGAUUAGUACAUACAAGAUGUAAAUGUUAUUACAAAAAAACAAUUAUAAAUUUUUUAUUUGUAUUAGUUUAGAAAGAUAUGUUGUUAUUUCUAAAUAUUUUAACAUUAAUUUAUUGUUAAAAAAAAAAACAAUUUAUAUAUAUAAUGCCGAAACAAAUUGGAUAGCUCUGUAAUAAAUAAAUAUUUGUUGAGAAACAAUUUGUUUAGAUUCUAUAUGAUGUAACUAAAACUUUUAGUUACAUCGUAUAGAAUGUUCACUCACACACACACAUGCAUAUACAUACAAAUCCUGAUAGUUAAUUACGUAAAGUAAUAUACAUUGGAACAAAUCUUAAAAACAACAAAAUCAUAGAACAAAUUUUGUAGAUAAAAAUAAGAGAUAUUCAUACAAUUCAAAUUUAAGUCGAACUUUAUCGAAACACAAGUAAGCAAAUAGAAAUGAUUAAUAUCGUAAUUUAUAUAUAUUACAACAAAAAUGUGGAAUAUUGCGUUUAUCAUAUACAUCUAAUCUAAAUGUUAAUAGUAUUACAAAAAUUUAUGUAACAAUAUAUAUAUAUGCAAAAUAUUGUUACUUUUUAGUAAUUUACAAUAAAU